AUGGAUGAAUUACGUGAUUCUCAAAAAGAAACGAUUAAAGAGGCAUUAGAUAUGGGUGAACUUACAACCGGUAGGGGCUUGAAUCAACAACUUGGUCUUUCAAGAGCUUGUGACACUCGUUGGGGAUCUCAUUAUAAAUCCUUUAAUAAUUUUAUUAUUAUGUUUGACUCUAUUCUUGAUGUUCUUGAAUCACUUGCUCUUGAUGCACGAAAUAUGGAUGAAAGAGCUAAGGCAAUGGGACAUCUCGAAGCUUGCCGAACAUAUGAGGAGCAAGAUAUUGCAAAUGCCAUGCUACUUGUUGAAGUAGCAAAGAGAAGGUUGCAAGUUUUAAGGGAUGAUGAAUGGGACUCUCUUAUUGCUAAGGUGACUACCGAUUUGCUCCAUGGAAUUGCUUGCUUAAAUCCAAUUAACUCAUUUUCAAGUUUUGACAUUAAAAAAGUAAUGAGAAUGGCGAAAUUAUAUCCGGAUGACUUUGAUGAAUCUAAUAUGAGUGCUCUUGAGAAUCAACUUGCAAGUUAUGUUGUAGAUGUUCGUGAUGUUGAUGAAAGGUUCUCCGAUCUAAAUGGGCUUUGUGAUCUUUCCAAAAUAUUAAUUCAGACAAAGAAGCAUUCUACUUAUCCUUUGGUAUUCCGCUUAGUAAAACUUGCUCUACUUCUACCAGUUGCCACUGCCUCCGUUGAAAGAGCUUUUUCGGCAAUAAAGUAUAUCAAGAAUGACUUGCGGAGCAAAAUGAGUGAUGAUUUUUUUAGUGGUUGUUUGGUGCCUUAUUUAGAAAAAGAUGUAUUUGAUAGUAUUUCUAAUGAUGCUAUUAUUAAGACAUUUCAAGAUAUGAAACCUCGUAGAGUACAAUUGUAG